ACUUUAUGACCAUUCUGUACGCGAAAGGCGAUAGGUUAAAAAAAAAGAGGCCUAAUCGAACGAAUAACGUAAACGAAAUGUGAUGUGGAAAUUUUACAAUUUAAAUUAAAAAAGAAUUUAACCUGCUCAUUUUUGGCGUUGGCUAUUCUGAUAGAUAUAUUUUUGGAAAGUAAACAAAAUUGGGAAUGAGGUCAGGAAAUUUUGCGAAUUCGGGAGACGUAAUGUCAGAUGACGAUUUGGAAUAUUACAUAAAAUUUCCGUCUCCUACUCUUAAAGAUUCUUCACCAACUAAUGAAACAGAAGAAUUCGUGUUUGUUUAUGAUGAGGAUAAAUUGCCAGUGGUGAUGCUACUCGGUUGGGCCGGUUGUCAAGACAAAUAUUUAGCUAAAUAUAGUGCGAUUUAUGAAGAAAGAGGGUGCAUCACCGUGCGCUACACCGCGCCGGUCGAGUGCCUGUUCUGGCGCCGAAGCCACAUGCGGGUGCUGGGGCGCCGCCUGGUCGAGCUCAUCUCCGACAUGAGUCUCGAGGAGCACCCGAUCUUCUUCCACGUGUUCAGCAACGGCGGCGCGUUCCUCUACCAGCACGUCAGCCAGGCCAUGCAGUCGCAGGACAAACCCCUGAAGGUUAAGGGCUGCAUCUUCGACAGCGCCCCCGGGGAGAGGCGGGUGUCGUCCCUGUUCCGGGCGAUCGCGGCCAUCGUGGGCGGCCACUGGCUGUACAGCACGGCGGUGGCCGCGGUGGCCACCCUGGCGUGCCUGGUGGUGUGGUGGCUCGAGAGCCUGGCCCGCUCGCUGCGGGAGCGCAAGGCUCUCGACGCGGAGCCCAUCCACUUGGAGGAGGAGCCGUUCCGCUGGCCGCAGCUCCUGGUGUACUCCUCCCGCGACCGGCUCAUCUGCUACAAGGACGUGGAGAAGUUCGCGCAACACCGCAGGGAACGAGGGGUCGCCGUCACCGCGGUCCGCUUCGAGGACUCCCCCCACGUGCAGCACUUCCUUGUGCACCGCGACGUGUACAUCAGCUCGGUGUGCGGCUUCCUGCACGCCUGCCUCGCCCCCGAGGAUCCGGGCCUGCCGGGCGCCGGGCGGCCUAACUGAGCGGGGAGGAGGCCUCGCGUCCCGUAGUGCGUAACGUCUGUAGCCUGUCUCAUCCUUAGACUGCAGUGCACAAUGUCAUCUCGGUGUGCUCUGUUGCCAGAUGUACCAAAGUUGUAGAGACAACUUUAUGAUGUAAUGAAAUUUUUUUAAAAUAUACUAAAAAAAAAAUUAUUACACAAAGGUAAAUUUGGAAUGAGGAUUUUGGACCUACAUUGUUUUAGAGAAUCAUCUGAUAAUUUUCAAUUCUUAACUUCUAAGGAAACACAACUGAUAAGAUGCCAUCUUGGUUACAAACAUUUCUUUCGUCGAUUCUUUUUUAUAUAUAUUUGACUCUUGUUUGACCAUUGCACAUAAUUAAGAGGAUAGGAAAGACACAUUGGACAUUGUGCAUUAAUGACGAGAAUAAUAGAAUAAUAUAAUCUGAACGUAUUGGCAGAAUUAAACGGGGUUGGUCUUGUCGGCUAGAUAUUUUCGUUGCAGAGACCUGAAAUAGUCAAUACAGUGUUAAUUAAAAAAAAUUUGCAAAUGAUUUUUCAUAAAAUAAGUGCUUGAAACCAAAAAUUAAACAAAUAUAAAAAAAAAAAUUGCUGUAAAAUAAUUAAAAUCAUACGAAAAAAAACCUCUAUGAUUACCAAAACGUAGAAUUUUACGCUAAUUGUAACUUUUUUUUUAAACAUUCCAUUAUGCAAUUUUGUAAAGAAAAUCUUUGAAUUAUAUUUUGUUCUAAUAUUUGGUUACUAUAGAAGUUUUUAUUAUGUGGUUUUUAAAAUUUUACAGCCAAUUAUUUUUUAUAUUUGUUUAUUUUGUGGUUUCAAGCCCUUAAUUUAUGGAAAACCAUUAGUAAUUUUUUUUUACUAUAGACUAUUAAUUAUUUCUGUACAUUUAGGUCUUUGUAAUGAAAAUAACUAGCUGAUGAAACAACCUCAUCGAAUUCUGCCAUGUUGUUCAUAUUCUAUUAGUGUUUUAUAUUUUCGUCAUUAAUGCACAACGUGACAUUCCUAUCCUCAUAAUGGAGUGCCUUGUUAUUAUUUGUGACCAACUGCUACAGUAGUUUUUCCUGUGAAGUAGUGAUUGGUGUUUGGAAUUGAUGUUCUUUUUUCUUUCCGAAUGUAUAAAACUAUAAUAAUAUUGUCAAAAGACACUAUUUUAUGGUCCUAGAAAAAUCAAUGAAUGAUAAAAUUAAAAAAAAAAAUAUUAAGACUUAUUAGAAUUAUUGAUGGUACUGUACUGCAAUCUAAGAGUGAGACAAAUUAUAGUCAGCAUACUAAUUUAUUCGCUCAUGAUCGUGUACUUCUUUUCCUCCCAGACACUUUAGUGUUGGGUGUGUGACAACUGUUCUAGUCACGAAACUUGGCAGUAUUACCGAUGUUGGUCGGUUGCAAGGAAGCUAAUGUUUGGCCUGUAAAAUUAUCCUAGUUCCUUAUUUUGAGGCAUUUAUUGCAGAGACUGAUUGAAUUACUUGUCUGGAGAUCGCAGGAGUAUAGCAGGCAUUAAUUUUGCUACAUGAGGUAACUACUUGUAGAUUAGAAAUUAUAUGCUCUAUCUGUAUUUACGGCAUUUUAGUGUUUUUACUUUGCAUGAAUCAUGACAUUAGUUGUGUUAUCCAUGGGUAUUAUUGCCUCUUACUUAAUAUUAACAAAGUAUUAUUAUCUUCAGUGAUUGUGUUUUUAUUUUAAAAUAAAAAAUAUAUACAUAUAUAGAAUUUUAUUUUGAUUGUUUGUACUUAAUAGUGAAUAAAGUUAAAUAACUGGAGACAGUUAUAACUAAAUAAUACAGUAUUUUAAACUCUUUUUAUAUUUUUUGAUUAGAAUUGAAAAUUUUAUUUGUUAAUUGAUUCAUUGUAGGCAUAGUAAAUAAAUUUUUGCUCUUAUUUUUAAGAAAUACUUUUACUUAGUGCAACACAAUUUUUUUUUACAUUGUGUGGAAAAAAAGUUCAAUUGUAUAUACAUAUGUACUUACCACGACUAUUAUUCCAAAUGCCUAUAUAUUUAAUACUUAUUUUGAUCUAGUGUAUUUCACAGUAUUAAAUGUUUGUAGAGUGCCUCAUUAACUACAGAACUGUAUGUAGCUAACUGAUGUAUUUAGCUGCAAGAUAAAGCAAAAUAAAACAGUCAUAUAUGAUGGGACUUGUGCUAAGUAGAAAUUUUGAGCCAUAAAAUAUUUACAUCUUUCAAUAUAUUUUUAACAUAUUUCCAGGUGAUACACACUGCACAUUAAACUCAACAAGCCAUAAGUACUAGGAUCUGAAAGGCUAGUCAGUUUUCUCAGACUGCCCUUUAGGAUAUUUUAACCCUGGGGAAAAAAGGUACAGCACACAGCAUAAGGGUUGUUUUUUUUAAUUUAAUGAGCAUUCCGUUUGGCCACCUGCUUUUGUCGUGAGUGGUUGUGCACUGUUCUGGAAAUAGCCGUUUCCUAGAGCUCAUUUCACUAAAAGUGCAAUUAUGAUCUAAUUUCUGUGGUAUCACUUAGGAAACAAGUCAAGCGACAUGUCAACUCCUCUCUUUAAAAAUGUAAUUCCUAUGUGGUUUAUCAAAAAUACUCUUUCAACCCACAAGUGAGACCUCUUAAGUUUCUCUCUCUGGCCAUUUGCACAUUUAUUUACUGUACAAAACACCUCGUGUGCUGUUUUCCCCUACUUUCUGUAGUUAGCCUUCUGGCAAAGUUACUAGCCCUGUUACCCAUAAGCCACCAACUGCUCGACAGUUUUUCUUUUGCUUGUGUCGAUUCUACGGUUACCAGUCAGUGACUGCUUGUGCUACUGUCAAUUUUCACUUUAAAUUACUGUAGAGGCUUAGCAGCCUAGUCCGCUUUUUUUCUGUUGUAACGUACAGAAUAUGCUUAGCAAUUUUUAUUUAAUUGAUGAUUGCCUUUCCUAAUAAAUACUUUGUUCCUUUUAGGCACUAAUUUUUAGUUCCAAUUUAGGACUGUAGUACAUAUGAUAUAAAUUCCAUUUGUGUUUCUUUGAAGUUUUAGCAUGCAACGUAAUGCGCGUGCUCCGUGGAAUGGAAAUUGAACAGGAUUAAGACCAGUGAGGAUUUGCGUUUUGUCAAGUUGUUAGCAUGCAUCAUAUACAACAAAGCACGUAGUUUAUUUUUCAAGCAAAUGAAAAAUAAUUUAUGUAACAAACAAAUUGAACAACAUAAGCUCAUAUAUAUUUUAAAUAUAGAUCCAACAGCAGACCUACUAUUAUUAUUUUUUUAAUUGAAACCAGCAAAUAAAGAUUCUGUAAUUUGGUCUUCUUCAGGUUUUCAUUUAUUAGCUGAAAAAAAUUGUGUUAGAACAUAUGUAGCAUCAAUUAAAUUUACUACUAGGUUGUUUCUCUUUAAUAUGACAAAUCCUGUGCUAUCUUUUCCAUUUGAAAUUAACUGUAUGCAUAAGUUUAUUUGUCAAACUAACUGUUUCUCUCCAAAGAUUACACUUAAUAUACUAAUUCUGGCUCAAAAUUUGAAGAAGAAGAAAAAAGUGUUUAUUGUGUAAUAAAAGUUAAUCAUUUUUAAGUAA